GUAGUCUAGGUCGCCCAAAUGAUACGAUGCGUUAUAACUCAGUUGAGACGGAAGACAUGCUCGUACAUACGACUGCGGUCUUUAGAACGUUGCAUUUAAUUGCCUAUAAUAACAAUAAAAUGUUUUGCUUUCGUGUGUUUGAAAUUGAUAUUAUAAUGAAUUAAAAAUAUGUUUAAAAGUAUAUGUUUAGUCAUAGCUUACAGGAACGACUAUUAGUUGAAAAUAGUUACAAUUUAUCCUGUGAAAGUAUUACAGCGUCUCGCUCCCUUGAACUUAAGCGUCCUUCGGGAUAGUAGCAGGAUAUGGAGCGGCUAUUUUGUACAACAGUAAUCCCAUAUUCUGUUGUCUGUUUUAUUUUUCUGCGGGAUUUCGCCGAAACUUCUAAAUUUCGCUCUAAAAUGGACCUUACUGGGGAGGUUUGUCCAGAGGACAAGAUUGUGACAGUUGAAUACCCCUGCACUAAGCCAGGGGGACAGAAUGCCACCUGUCUCAGGAGGAGAUGCUGUGAGGGGUACCGGUUUGUGAUGGGCCACUGCAUCCCAGAAAGCGUGGACGUGUGUGCAGGCUCACCCUGUGAACAGCAGUGCACGGACCACUUUGGACGGGUCGUUUGCACCUGUUACCCUGGGUUCCGCUUUGAUCGGAAGCGCCACCGCGGAAACCAGCACCCAUACUGCCUCGGUCCCAGGAUUUCAAACAAGCUGCCAAAUACCCUAGACGUGGAUGAGUGUGAGGAGUCUAAUGGCACCGUGUGUGAGCAGGCCUGUGAGAACACACUGGGCAGCUUCCUGUGUCACUGCCACAGUGGCUACAGCCUGGACGCAGACAAGCACUCCUGCGUCCCCCGCCACAAUCUGAGUGCCACAAGUGGGACUUUGCACUCUCUGGUUAGUGCUGGGUCCUGCCCCUUUACCUGUCAGGACUUCAUGAGCAUGAGGAACAGCCUACUGCAGCUCAAAUUGAGGCUGACUGGUGCUCCGCCCAGUUCCCAGAUACUCACCCCAGACCUGCCUAACAGCAGUGACAAACCAUCACAUAGGUGGGGGGAUAAAGGGCCAAACACCUCCACCCUGCCUGGCGCCCCUGGUUCCCCUGGACCCCCUGGACCCCCAGGACUGCAGGGACUACCCGGAGAGAAAGGGGAAUCUGGAGCCAUGGGCCCACCUGGCCCUCAGGGGCCACGAGGGGACAUGGGCCCCAUGGGGCCAGAGUCAGAUCUGGAGCAUGUUAAGAGAGGACGCAGAGGCCCGGUGGGCCCUGCUGGUGCACCAGGGAGAGAUGGGAAGAAGGGGGACAGGGGCCCUCCUGGUCCCAGAGGCCCAGCGGGACCUCCCGGCUCAUUCGACUUCCUCCUGCUGAUGUUGGCUGACAUUCGCAAUGACAUCAUGGAACUGCAGGAGCAGGUGUUCAGGAGUAGGCAUGAAGUGUCCCUGGAGGACCCAUUCCAGUCCAGCAGAGAGACAGGUCGUAGUGAAUGGGGAUCAGGGGACUAGUGGAGGUAUCACACAAAACCUGACUUUGGGAGUGUCAGGUAUAGCGCCCUUUAUAGGAAAUAAACUGCCAAAGAAGAAUAAGAAACCGUCCAAACCCUGUGAUGCUCAAAAGGUUUAAAAUGCUUGACCUCUGUACGAUGUGUGGCUGGCAUUGAAAAUGUAGACAUUUCUCUGUGUCCUCAGAUAACAAAAGCUGUUUAGAGAACAAUUGGAUUCCACUCAAUUCCAAAACAAAUGGAUUGCUACAAUGUUGUCUCUGCCUUGUGGAAUAUAUCUGAGCAUGUGCACAAAGAAUGGCCAGAUGAUGUCGGUCUUUCUGGGCAGCACCAGCAUUGGCUUUUGGGUCAAUACUGGUGUGGCUCCCUUCACAGUGAACCAAUGUGACCACUCUGAUUUAAUGAUUAUUGAGACAAGAAGGACAAUUCUAUUUAAGAGGUACUUUCCAAUUCUCAGAUAUACACACUGUAUAUGCAAUAUAUUUGUGUAUUUAUUCGAAGGGACUAUUUUUUUUUAUUACUUUGUUUGGGAAAACAUGAAUUGUAAAGGCAAAUAUUUUUUUUAAAUUACCACUGUGUGUCUCCCUGACCUGUCAUUCAUUUAGUGGCUCAUUCACCUGUGGUCCUGACACUCCAGCUUCACAGGGCUUGUAUUACCCUCAUUUUGAUUGUGCUGUACGGAGCUGCACCAUGAAACUACCAAGGGAUUAGAGAGCAUUGGGUUACUAGCUGACCAUUGUGUGGUAGGAUGGUGUGUGAAUUGUGCUAGUAAACCUGUUCAUUAUUUCACAUGGCUGUUCUCUCUGGAUCCUAGAUAACUGGAGGAAAUAUACCUGUUUACCUGUAUGCUCUGGGCAUUAAUUUGAACAAUGUUAACGUGCUGGACUGUGAACUGUACCGCUGUGUGUGCGUGUGUGUGUGUGUGUCUGUGUCUGUGUCUGUGCGUGUGUGUGUUUGAGAGAGAGAGAGAGAGAGAGAGAGAGAGAGAGAACAAUGUGAGAAAUUGAUGGAAGUAGGUGGCUAAUGAGCGAAUCUCAUGUGCCCUCUUUCUCAUUCAAAGUUCUUGCCUAUGGGGUUUUCCUUUAUGUCCAGCAGUGGGCGCUAUUGCACAUGUAAAGCCUUGUUUUGGAAAUGGCAGGUGUUGAGAGCACAAUUUCUUGGCCCUGAGAAGCUCUUGCUCAUUGCACGAUUGUUGAUUUUUAUUUCUUCUCUUGUAUUCGCCACAAAACAACUGCUUUGCUCCAUUCCUUCAAGUUCAGUCUCUGCAGCUAAGGCAUAAACAGCAGGUGUGUGAAUGUUUUGGAGAUUUCUGGAGGCAACCAUUUUACGUGAUCAGGAGAAAAUCUGUGUAAUUGGGGUUAACGUAGGUGCUGAAUAUUGCAAGUUUUCAAGAUAUUAAUAACUCACAUUAUAGUAUUGGCUGUGAAGCAACUGAGUACUUUUUACAAUAUCAAUAUGGAAUAAGUGGUAUUACUGUACUGUAUAUCAUCAUAUUUAUUUUUAAGUAAAACAUAGGGUUCUAUAGAGUUAUUCAUCAUGUUCGGGUUCUACUGCUGGUAGCAGAAUCGUGAUAAGCAGCAUAUCCCGACAUAUGUCAUAUCAUAACCCUGGUGUUGUGUUACAUAUUGAAAUGUGAGUCGAGUAUCAAUACAUAGUUACAUCUGUAUUAGAUGUUACUGUUUUUGUUUUUUUAUAUUCGAAAAGCAUCCCCACUGCUCAGCUGUCUUCUGAAAUGUAUCCACUUCUACAGGUGAAGGUGUGCAUUUGACAGGACUGUCACUGGACAUCUCCACCCCCUUACGUGCAGCCAGGGCUCAUGGUUGAGAUGUUGUUUGAUAGCAAGUAAUCAGGACACGCCCAAACUAUAAUUCAAGAAUGGUGCCAGCUUUAAAAAAGAACAAGGGAUUAGUUUAUCUCUCAGGUUGCAGUCCAGUGCCACUUCAUUAUUUGUCCAGUGGAUGGCAGUGCACCGGAUCAUGAGAGUUCAUCAUGAAGAUCUACGACUAAAGCCAAGAAUAACAAGGCUUAUCUCUCAAAUGAGAUAUUUCUCGUUUCUUUAUGUAAUGGGGAAUGUGACCUCUAAAAAUAUUUUUCGAAGAAAAGAGGUGGUACAGAGAACAAAGAAGAAUAGGUGUAUACUAACUUUAGAUUUUACUUGCAGCUGAACUUUUUGUUUUUUUACAAUGGCUGUCACAUUUCUUAUAUCGUACACCUUUGUGAAUAUACUGACAUUCCGUACAUUUAUACUAGUGCACAUUGUUCAAAACUGAUGGAUAAAGAAAAUAACAUGUUUCCAGAGGUUUAAAUCAUGUACAUCAUGACUUUACUGUUAUUGCCAGUUAUUGUUGCUCAAGGGAGCAACCUUUGUAUGCUGAACAGCUUAUUAUAUUGAAUAAAAGCUCCCAUUACA